UAUGUUACUACGUCUUUUAAAUGUCACAAGUGAGUCGAUAAGGUAGAUAUUUCUGCUACUUAAAAAAGAUUGCGCAUCGCGUAAACGUUUGGAGCUUCGGAUAGCUUGAGCGAAAAGGUUAAGUAAACAGCUCAAUUGGUUUAUUUUGAUAUUCCAAGUCUCAAGUUUGUUUAACGUCGCGCUGUGCUUUCCAAGUGAUCGUUCGACGACUUGCUCUCUCCAACGGAUUGGCCAAGUGACAAUGUCAUUAUCGUUCGUAUAGCGGACAGUAAGCACGGAAGAAUCGCGAUAAGAAUGUUUUGAACGAUCGCCGAUUAUAUUUUUUCUUACACAACUGACAUAGCGUGUUUUUGAACAUCCAACAGGCUAACUCUGAUUGCUUUUCAUCAUUUGUAUGUACACGCUCAUUUGUGCUUUACGCUAUUUGACUCGAUUAUUUCUUUCAUCCAAUAGUGAGGGAAUAAAUCACGCCCGAGUUUUGUCUUUGUGAAAUUGUUUCCAUUUCAUCAAACUUGAAAAAAGUUGAACGUUUGGAACUACUGAUAGUUGUCUUUGACCUGUGAUUGCUAAAUUUAUCAAUUUUUACUCUUUGGAACAAACCAGAGGUUUUUUAUCACUUGACAGUUGAACUGUUACUUUUGUCCAAGAAACUUGUGCAGAGUUUAAAAAAUGGCACCAAAUUUUGUCGAGACUGGCAAUACAAACUUGGAUGACAAAAUAAAUGAAUGGCUCAGCUGGAACAAAGAUAAAGAAGCAGAGAAAGAAAUCAAAAGUUUAAUUGAUAAAAAUGAUAUUAAGACUUUAACCAACUUAUUUCUCAAGAGACUGGAAUUCGGGACUGCUGGACUUAGGGGUAAAAUGGGACCAGGUUACAAUCAAAUGAAUGACUUGGUUAUCAUACAGACUGGACAAGGUUUACUUGAAUAUCUUAAAAAGACUAAUUUAUCACUUCAUGACAAAGGUAUUAUAUUAGGAUAUGAUGGACGUUACAAUAGCAAAAAGUUUGCUGAGUUGACUGCAUCAAUUUUCUUAAAAGACAAUAUUAAAGUUUAUAUGUAUUCAAAAAUAUGCCCUACACCAUUCAUUCCUUAUGGAGUGUUGAAAUACGGCUGUGCAGCUGGUGUUAUGGUAACAGCAUCUCAUAAUCCGAAAGAAGAUAAUGGAUAUAAAGUGUAUUGGGAUAAUGGAUCUCAAAUUAUAUCACCUCAUGAUAAAGAAAUUCAAAAAAGUAUUUUAAAUAACCUUGAGCCUACUAUAUCAUCUUUAAAUACUUCCAUUGUCUAUGAACAUCCAUUGUAUCACGAUCCGCUAGAGGAAGUUAUGAAAACGUAUUUCAGUGAUAUACAAAAGAAUGUUUUGUACCCAGAAGUGAAUGGAUGUACUUCUUUAACAUUUGUGUAUACUCCAGUUCAUGGUGUUGGUUAUCAUUAUAUGGUUGAAGCAUUCAAAGUAGCUAACUUUAAGCCCUUCGUCGUUGUUCAAGAACAGAAAGAUCCGGACCCUGAAUUUUCUACCGUUAAAUUUCCUAAUCCAGAGGAACCUUGUGCUCUAGAAUUAAGUAUUGCUACUGCAAACAAAAGUAAUUCGACAAUCAUAUUAGCCAAUGAUCCUGAUGCCGAUAGAUUAGCAUGCGCUGUUAAAACUACAGACAACGAGUGGCGCAUAUUUACUGGCAACGAAUUAGGAGCUCUAUUAGGUUGGUGGAUGUUGCACAGAUUCCGGGUACGAAGUCCAGAAUCGAGCAUCUCCAACGCUUACAUGCUUGCCUCGACCGUAUCGAGCAAAAUACUCGCUUCCAUGUCGAAAAAAGAGGGUUUCAAGUUUGAGGAGACAUUGACCGGUUUCAAAUGGAUGGGCAAUCGAGCGUCUGAGCUGAAAAAGUCCGGGAAAGAGGUACUGUUCGCUUACGAGGAAGCAAUCGGUUUCAUGUGUGGCUCAUCGGUAUUAGAUAAAGACGGUGUGAGCGCCGGCGUAUGCGUUGCCGAAAUGGCAGCUUAUUUGCAAACUAUGGGUCUCAGUCUAAUCGAUAAAUUGAACGAAAUUUAUUGCGAAUACGGACAUCACAUAAGCGAUAAUUCGUACUGGAUUUGCCACGAAUCCGAAACGAUCAAACGCAUCUUUGAUCGAUUACGGAAUUUCGACGGUAAAGAGCACUCCUACCCAACUGGUAUUCUUGGAGGAAAAUAUCAAAUUACAAAUGUGAGAGACUUGACCACGGGAUACGAUAAUACUAAACCCGAAAAUAAGGCUGUUUUACCUGUAUCCAAGUCAUCUCAUAUGAUAACGUUUACAUUUAAAAACGGUUUAGUCACUACUCUCAGAACAAGCGGUACCGAGCCAAAAAUUAAAUAUUACAACGAACUCUGUGCUUCACCGGACCAAAAAGAUUUACACGAACUCCGACGAAUUUUAGACGAAAUGGUAGCAGCCGUCGUCGAGGAGUUUUUGCAGCCUGAAGUGAAUAAAUUAUUACCUCGUAGCUUGUAAUUAUCUCCCCCAAGCAAGAAUGAGUUGGGAAAAAAUUCGCGCUGAUAUAUCACACAAAGACAAAUUUUUGCAUUGAUCAUUUUGAAUUAUUCGUAGUAAUUUCGGCCGACUGAUAUACAUCAUUUUUCUAAAAGCAGAAUGGAUUUUCAUCAGAUGGACAUUGUUAUUUACGAAGAAUAAAAAAUUUUUAUUUUUCUUGUACGCUACUGACGCUUUAUUACAGUUCUAUAAUUUAGCUAAAACGUUAUAUAUAUUAAACAUUGUUUUUUAUCUUAA